GGUGUGGCCACAACAAACUCUUUCCUUUUAAUGUUGAAUCUUUUGGAGAAACAGAGAGAACCACAACAACCACUGCUUAAGGAUACAGUCCCGACUGAACCCUGCACACAGAGCUCAUCACAGACAGACUGCAACGUAUUAGAAAUCCUCCAAGAGUGAACACCAAAGACAACUUUCUGGAAAACAGCUAAGCAAGCUAGGACAACAUAUUACAGCCUCCUAUAACACCAGAGUUACAGCCCCUCUCUCCAGUAUCCCUGAUUCUGAGCUCAAACAGUAUGGAGGAACUGGUGCAUGCUGGAACCAAACUCUCCUACUCUAUUGCUGCAAGCCCCAAGAUAUCAACCAAAAAACAGCGAGCCCCGCAACCGCCACAUGUGGGUCCAGCUUGCACUCCACCUCCUUAUGUGAUAACUCUACAGCCGCUGCCACGACACCAGGGCCCACACCCUUCUCCAUCUGCUGACACAGAACGACUGAAAAGUCACAUUACGAUUAAUAUAGAAAUUCAUCAGGAGGACAUUCGAGGGCCACUCUCUGAACUUCAGCAGCAGGUGCUUACAGACAUUCAAGGCCACAGUGUUAUUGAAGACCCUUCGAAGGAAAGACAAGUAGUGGACAAACAGGUGGAGGCAUUCGAGGAUACCCUUGACUCCAACUCCAGUGGUUCCCAAAAGAGCAACAGCUCCAAGAACACCUCGCAGAAUCGCAGGACCUGCUGUUGCUCCUGCUGCCCCAACUGCUGCAGCUGCUCCUCCUGCUGUGUUAACUGCUGCAGCUGCUCCUCCUGCUGUAUUAACUGCUGCAGCUGCUCCUCCUGCUGUCUCAACUGCUGCAGCUGCUCCUCCUGCUGUCUCAACUGCUGCAGCUGCUCCCCCUGCUGCUCCAACUGCUGCAAAUGCUCCUCCUGCUGCCCCAACUGCUGCAGCUUCUCCUCCUGCAUCCGCAGCUUCUCCUCCUGCAUCCGCAGCUUCUCCUCCUGCAUCCGUAGCGUCUCCUCCUGCAUCCGCAGCUGCUGCUCCCCCUGCUGCAAGUGCUCCUCCUGCUGCAAGUGCUCCUCCUGCUGCAGCUGCUCCCCCUGCUGCAGCUGCUCCCCCUGCUGCAAGUGCUCCUCCUGCUGCAAGUGCUCCCCCUGCUGCAGCUGCUCCCCCUGCUGCAAGUGCUCCUCCUGCUGCGAGUGCUCCCCCUGCUGCGAGUGCUCCCCCUGCUGCAAGUGCUCCUCCUGCUGCAAGUGCCCCUCCUGCUGCAGCUGCCUCAAAUGCUGCUGUUGCUCCUGUUGCCGCUGCCUGAAAUGUUGCUGCUCCUCUUGCUGCCGCUGCCUCAAAUGCUGCUGCUGCUCCUCCUGCUGUCAGUGAAACUAACUAACUUGGAUUUUAACAAAUUUGUGUACCUUUUCAACCAUAACCUUUGUGUUCUAAUAGUUAACUUUUAUAGCUUUUUCAUUGUGUUAUACACUCAUUGUAUUGUAUCAUUUCAUUGUAUCAUUCAUUGUAUCAAUCAGCUUUUUCUGCAUCUUUCUAACCAGUGAUUCCUCCUCCAAUGGCUCCUGUAAGAGCUGUAGCUCUGAAAACACCUUGCAGAAUUGCAGGAACCAUCACUGUUCUGGCACCUCCACCUUCUGCAGCUUCUUUAUCAGCCACAUCUUCAAAUUCUGUGGCUUCUCCUCCUGCAUUCACAACCUCAACUGUGGCAGCUGUUUCUCCUGCUGGCUCAAGUAAUGCAGCUUCUCCUCAAUCAGGAAAGGCACUUUCACUUUCUAAAUUAAAGUUCCCCUCCCCUCUCCUUUAUUAAAUGCCAAUUAACACUCCGUGUUUAAAUAAUCCUCAUUCAGAGUGUACACUGAAGUAACAAAGUAACACUGAAGUAGUGUUUAAGUUAAUGAGAUAAUUAAUUGAUUAAUUGAGUGACAAUUGAUGAUUAAUAAAGAACACCUCCUGGAAGGAAAGAGAAACAAGAAAAAAUAAGAAACACAAGAACUACUGUACACUUUAGCCACAGCCUUAGAUGAAAUAAACUGAAAUAAAAGAAAACGUUAAAUCUCUCAAGAUCUAAAUAAACAACUCCACAAACAGCAUUACUUUUUCAAUCCUCUGUGAGGACUAUAUAAACACUGAGGCCCGGUUUCACGGACAGGGCUUAGACUACGAAGGUAUAGUCCAAUUAGGAUGUUUAAGUAAUUUUCAUAAACGUGUUUAGAACAAAACAUUACAUUUUAGUGUAGGACUAGGCUUGAGCCUUGUCUGUGAAACCAGGUUUGAGAGGGGGUUUUACUGUACAGAAAAGCACCAGUCACCAUCCCUGGUGUUAAAUUCAAUAAAAAUCCUUUUGCUCUUUCUUGCUUUAAUUCUGGAGACAAAUUAUCCUAACUUUAUCAUCUCUUGAAUUUCUUUUUCCACAUUUUGAAGCUCACUGUUGCAGUAGCUGAUCUCUUUGACCUUUUUGUCAAGUGUCCAGCAGUUUUUUCACCUCAAUGCUGUUUCUCUUGAAACCCCACCAAUGGUUUUGCCAGUUUCUGUUGUCCAUGACAUGACAGUGACAAGCUCUGUUAAUUUGGAUUUAGCCAUAACAAAUUCUUCAGUUGUCUGGCCUUCUAGUUGCUCACAAUGAAUGAAUAAGAUUAUUGUAUGUCUCAGGACAUGUUCCUCUGUCAUUGUGUUCCAAAAUUGUUGUUCCACCUCAUUUUCAUGUCUUGUGUAUCUUCCAACAUUCAGAACAAUGGCAAAGUAAUGAACAUACAAUGAACACAUUCGAUGAGAAAUUUUAUGAUCUCAUUUUAUCUACUUAUGAUCACAAUCUGUGUCAAAGACUUGUGGUGUGUCAAUAAUUGUGAUGUUUCUUCCAUCCCAUCACUUUUAACAUACUUUGUAACAGAAUUAGUUGAAGUGAUGGGGAUGAGUACUUAUCUUCUAAGAACUGUAUUUCCAGAACUGCUUUUGCCAUAUUCUGUUUUUCCAAUAAGGAUGAUCUUCCUCCCUGGAAAAAAGAAAAUAAUAAUAAUAAUAAUAAUAAUCAUCAUCAUUAUCGUUGUUGUUGUUAGUACUGUCAUUUAAAAAAUAACUAUAACUAACUUAAUAACUACAAUAACUAAUUAUAACUAAUAUUUUCUGUAAUUAAUUGUGAUUAUUCACACCUAACAUUAAAGUUUUUAAUGUAUUUUAUGAACUUUUCACAUUUAAUCUCUAAAAUAAACAACAUAAAGACAGUAUACACUCUUAAAACAAAUGUUUUGAAAUACUCAGGGACCACACAUAUUGUUAAACUCAAUACAGAAAAAAAACUGCCCAAGUGUGCACAUCCAGUAGGCAAAAAGCUUAAUAUGGGUGCUCCACCACACCUCCACCACUAAGCUCAAAACGUCACCUGUGGUAACAACAUAAAUAUUUUUCUACUUUGGAGCUGUGGUGUGCCUACUUUGAAUUGCUUUAUUUGAAAUUCGAUACAGACAAACAGACAAAAGUGUUACUUUAGUAAGUGCAUUAUUGUGACCUUUUUGUAUACAUCUAACACAACUGUGUAUUACGGAGUAAUUAUUUACAAUUUUAAUAUAAAAUAUUAUUUAAAAUGCUAGAUUAGAAUACACUUUCAUCAUAAAAUCGCAUUGAAGCAUUGACAUGCAAUUAAUAUUAUAAUAAAAAUCUGUUAAUAUCUCUCAGGUACUGUCAAAUACAGUGUCAAAUAGAACAAUGUCUGAAAACAUUUCCAACAUAAGACCAAACUUUCUCAAGUUGUUCUCAAAUUUACCAAGAAACAGAAAACACGACUACUUGAAAAAUGUAGUCAAAGAAAUAAUCACCACACACAUAGUUCAUUCAUUUACUUACCGUAUUGACCUGCUCACAAAUCAAUUCAUCAUUAACCAAAAACUUCUCUUAACAAAUUAACAGAAAAUCUGUAUCUAUGAGUGACAUAUUGCUGAUUAAAAAAUUAUAUCCAGUGAUCAAUAGUCCAAUCAGGCAGCUUUGCCACAUCAGAUUCUUUAGUUAUGAUGACAUUAAAAGAAAAUCUUUUACUUUGGAAACUGAAUAUGUGGACAUUUUUUUUUUGUGUGUAUGUGUAUAACUUCACCAAAUAAAGGUUCUCAUCUCAUCUAUCUGCUUUUAAAAUGCAUCAUGUCCUAUAUGUUGUCCCCAGCAAGGUGAAAUCGUGUUGGUCACAUGAAUUGAAUUGGUAUAAGUGAGAGUCUCAAUAUGACUCUGUUGUCAGUUUGUCAAGCAAUUUGUUGCCCUUGUACAAAGUCAUUUUAAUACUGAAUGAUGAGCUCAA